UUACAUUCAAGUUUUACUAAUAUUUCAGUUUUAUUUUUUUCUUGGGAUUCUUUUAUUUUUCUUUUCCAUCAAGAUGUCAAAAUUGUAUGGAAGGAAUUUCAAGAAUAUAAUAGAUUACUAUCUUUCUCCAUCUCUUGUUUGAUUAGGACUUCCCAUGUUUCAAAGUAUAAUUACAGGUCAGUUGGUGACAUAUUCCUUGCCAAUAAUCUUGAAUGUAGAGUUGCCAAUAAUCUUGAAGGAAACCAAGCGCAGGACAUCCUAUGCUGAAAAAGAAAAUAACCCAUGUCAUCUUUAUGAAGUUUUAUGUACUGUUUGCAGAGAAGAUAUGGGAUCAGAAGUUGGUGCAAUGUUACCCAUUUACGCUACGAAAAUAAAUUCGCAUCUUCAGCAAAUUGAUGAACAAUGUCUGAUUUGCUCCAAAUCUGUGAACUGCCGCUGUGAACAUACAUGCUACAUAUUAGCUCACCAAUGAAUUUAAAUGACGUUUACCUGAAAAAUACAUAUAAAUAAUUUUACCCUGUUCAGUUAUUUUCAUUUUAAAA